UGUAAGAUCAGGCUCACAUGUGUCCAGCUCUGUGUCUGUGAAGAGUGACUGGUCAAAACGUGAACCCCCAAACUUCAGUGAGAAAAAAACAUCAUCUACUAAAAGUGUAAGAUCAGACUCACAUGUGUCCAGGUCUGUGUCUGUGAAGAGUGAUCGUUCAGGAGGUUUGCCACUGAACUUCAGUGAGAAAAAGCAUCAUCUACCAGAAGAAUACUUUGUGAAGGAUUUUAAUGAGAACAGAUGCAGCAUCAAAGAAGCAGCUCUUGAUCUCACACUCUACUUCCUGAGAGAGAUGAAGCAAGAUGAAGCUGCUGAUACUUUAGAAGAUGAACUGAUCUUCAUUCAUCAGCUAAAAUCAAACUUGAAGAACAAGUAUCAAUGUGUGUUUGAAGGAAUUGCAAAGCAAGGUGACUCUACACUUCUGAAUAACAUCUACACAGAUCUCUAUAUCACUCAGGGUUGUAGUGAACAGGUCAAUACUGAACAUGAGGUAAGACAGAUUGAAGUUGCUUCCAGACGUAAGGAAUCACAAGAGAUACAGGUUGAAUGUACAAAUUUGUUUGAAGCACCUGAACAAGACAAGCAGAUCAGAACUGUACUGACAAAAGGAGUUGCUGGCAUCGGAAAAUCAGUCUCUGUACAGAAGUUUGUUCUGGAUUGGGCUGAAGGAAAAGAAAAUCAAGAUAUCAGAUUCAUUUUUCCUCUCCCAUUCAGAGAGAUGAACUUAAAGGAGAAAGAAAAACUAAGUUUGAUGGAACUUAUAACUCAGUUUUUCCCAGAGACAAAAGGACUGAACCUUACAAGAAGGAACCAGAAAGUCCUGUUCAUUCUUGAUGGUUUGGAUGAAUUUCGUCUUCCUCUAAACUUCAAUGGUAAUGACAUGUGGUCUGAUGUUUCAUCACCAGCCUCUCUGGAUGUUCUCCUAACAAACCUCAUCAAGGGAAAUCUGCUUCCUUCUGCUCUCAUCUGGAUCACCACCAGACCAGCAGCUGCCAGUAAGAUUCCUCCUGACUGUAUCGACCGGCUGACAGAGAUACGAGGAUUCAAUGAUGCACAAAAGGAGGAGUACUUCAGAAAAAGAAUCAAGGAUGAGAAUCUGGCCAAAGAAAUCAUUGAUCAUGUUAAACAAUCAAAGAGUCUCUUUAUCAUGUGCCACAUCCCAGUCUUCUGCUGGAUUUCAGCCACUGUUCUCCAAAAUAUUUUGGAGGAGAAAAUAAAUAAUGUGAAAAACAAUAAGGCUGAUGAUAAGUCCAAAACACU